AUGAUUGAUAACAACGGCAACCAACAUUGGCAAACACAGGUAACUGUGGAAAGCACACAACUGAUAAAUGAUACAUAUACACAAUAUGAUAUACAUAUAAGGUUAUUGAGACAAGGAAUUGUUAACUGGGAAACCCAUAUCCAUAAGAGGUUCUCCGAUUUCAUUACCCUAAGACAGCAAAUGGUAAAUGAGAUUGGAAAUGCAGAUUUCCCAUAUGAAUUACCAAACAAGCAAUUUAGUUUAUGGGCUAAACAAACCAGUAUUAGCAAGGAUGUUAUUGGCGAAAGAAAGACUAAACUAGAAAAAUUCCUAUAUGAUAUGUUAAAUGAUUCGUUUGAUAAUAAAUGGAGAGAUACUCAAACUGUGGCGCGGUUCUUGAAUAUACCUAAAAGAUGGAGCGAUAUGAUCAGUGGACAUAAUACAUUUAGAGAAAGUGUGACUCGUGAUACAGAUAAUGACAAGGAGAAUUGGUUAUCAUCAUAUAGGGAUUGUAAAAAUGAUUUUGAGGAAUGCAAGUCAGCAGUUGUCAAAGACCGCACAAGAAUGUUAAUUCGAUUACGAUUGAAAGUGAAUCAAUUAGAGAAGGCAUUCGAAGAUAUUGAAAAUGUUGAAACCACAAUAGAAUCUCCAGAGAUUGAAAGAAGGAAAAAUUUAUUAGCUUUAUUGAAAGUUGAUAUAAACGAACUCUCCAUGCAACAAUCUUUUGAAGAUAAUGGAAAUGAUCAUUUCGACAAGUCUCCAAGUCCUCGUGAUGGAACCAUUGAAUUUAAAGGCACAUUGAAAAUUGGCGAAACUACAAGGCAUCGCGUAGGGAGACGACGUCUUGGAGAGACUGAAACUACUGCACAAUUAAAUAACAUGGAACUUCUAACAAUGCAUAAGGAUAAGCUAAAGAGUCAGGACCAAGAAUUAAUAGACCUGCAUAAAAUAAUCCAGAAUCAAAAAGCCAUAUCUAUACAAAUGAAUCAGGAACUAAGUCAACAGAACGAGUUAUUGGAUUCCUUUAGCAAUGAUGUUGAUCAGACUGCCAAUAAAUUGAAUGUUGCUACAAGGAGGGCCACCAAAUUUAAUGAAUCGUUAUAA